AUGUUGCCAGCCCACUUUAAAUGUCAUUUUCCCAUGCUACUGGACGUUCCUGACAAAUGCGGAGGAGCUAAUAAAUCUGCACAAGUCUUUCUCCUCCUGGUCAUUAAAAGCUACCCUAUGAAUUAUGAACACAGAGAGGUACUGCGCAAAACUUGGGCUAAAGAGAGGCUGCACAAUGGUGUGCGGAUCGAGAGGAUCUUCAUCUCAGGAGCGACGGGUUCUCAUGUCGAAAAAGAGAGAAAGAACAGACUUCUUGAACUGGAACAAAAUGAGUACAAUGACAAUCUUCAAUGGGACUUUAGAGACACGUUCUACAACCUCACCUUAAAGCAGGUACUCCUCCUAGAGUGGAUGGAAAGAAACUGUCCGAAAGCUCGCUUCUUGCUAAAUGGUGAUGACGUUUUUGCCAACACAGACAACAUGGUUGAGUAUCUCCAAGGCCUCAGGGACAAUGAUGGAAGCAAGCACCUCUUUACCGGACAUUUGAUCCAGAACGCGGGGCCCAUUAGAUCACCAGGGAGCAAGUACUAUGUCCCAGUACAAGUGCAGGAGUCAGAGUCUUAUCCCCCUUAUUGUGGUGGUGGAGGCUUCCUCCUGUCUGGCUAUUCAGCUAUGGUUAUAUACAACAUGUCCAAGUCCAUCCCUUUUAUUCCUAUUGAUGAUGUUUACAUGGGGAUGUGCUUGGCCAAAGCAGGACUUGGUCCAGUUUCCCAUAUGGGUGUGAGGACAGCAGGAAUGUACAUUCCCUCGGGAACACUUGAUGAUUAUGACCCUUGCUAUUAUAAAGAGAUUUUACUGGUGCAGAGAUUCCUUCCAGGUUACAUGUAUCUUAUGUGGCAAAGAAUACACGACCCAGAUCUGAAAUGUGAACUGUCAAAGACAUCAGUGUAUAGCAUCAAAUUGUAA